AUGGCUCUUAGAGCUACGUCUAUUUUGUUUCAAUGUGGUACUAGAGGAAUGGCCACUAAGGUAUCAAAGCACCCAAGUAAUUUCAAACCUCAGAGUUUACCAGCUCUUGAACUUGCGUCGCUUCCUCCUGCAGAGUCUAUUCGCUCAUUGCAACGUCUGCGCGCGAAGCGAGGGACAAUUAGACCGAUAUUGAACUAUGAACCAAUCAAACGUGGUGCUCGCGUCGAUCCAGUACAUCCUGCAGCAACCUGGGACGAGAAAUCUCUUCCUUACUCUAGUCACGAGUAUUUCAAUAUUAGGGCAUAUCCUAAUGCUAUGCUUAAAAGGCUUGGUGUUGUGAUUCAACCCACUGGGGGACUGAAGCCUCUGCCACCCCCGCAACGAGAUUUCCCCAUUUUUAAACGUAAAAAGCGCAUCAAAUUUGCCAGAACAUAUAUCAUGCCCAUAAAAUCUACGCAUAAAAGUGGGGUCGUUCGGGUGAGGCUCAAGCGCAAGCUGAACGAAGCCGUCCAACUAGUAUCCACACGAGGAGCAGACGUGGACCAUCAGACUGGCAAAAUAAUAUUCAAAAAUUCUGAAGAUUUGGAGUCCAAGUGGUUACUUCGAGACUGGUAUUACGUCUUUUAUCCUAGAAUUCCCAUCUAUCAUGCACCCUGGACAAGCGUGAUCAAAGCUGUUCGCAACUCACUUUUGGUUAUACUAAAGAAGGGCAGGGAGAUGGACAUGCAAUGGAACCUCGAAAUCGCCGAUCGUGAAGCCAAGGCGAUGGCAAGACUUAGCCGCCGGGAAAUGCGGCGCAUACGCAUGUGGCGCCGUCAAGAUCAUGAAGCUGCAUUGCGUGGCCGCUUAUCGGAGGAUGUAGGUAUCAGAUGGAAGCUCAAGGGAAUGGGGGCCAAAAAACAAUCAGUAAAAGUGGGAGGAAUACGCGGACUCAAUAGGGGAGCAAAGGUACUUAGAUCUCCAAGCCGUACUGCUUUCCAGCAUGGGAAUGGGUCGGAUGCCUCGCCCAAGUUCGCGGCCCCCAUCAUGGCCCCUAUAACUCUCAACUCUAAAAAUUCGUCGAAGUUAACUGCGGCAUCUCAGUCGCCAUACACCGCCCUUACAAGGCCUAAGGUCGAGAUCGCUCAGGCAGCUGAGGCUCAAACGCGUCAAACCCCGCGUAUACUUGGUUCGACCAGGUCAUCAAGGCCCACGCCUAAACUCUCAAAGCCUGGAAUCAAGCGACCGGACGAAACUUCCGGACCCAUACUUAUGAAACCUCCUUCCGAAUCUCUAGUGGGUAAUCUACGACGAAAACCACAGUCCAAACACACCUCAGGGUCUGCGUUGAAGUCACAGAAUGGUGCUCAAUCUUCAGGCAAGGGUGAUUUGCAUGUGUCUUCAAACUCGAAAAGUAGACCAUGA